AUGGAUCGCGUGGUGAUCGUUGGGGCCGGUAUCUACGGUCUGAUUGCAGCCAAGACAUACCUUCAAGUGUCAGGAGCGUACGAUACACCUCCGAACUCAGAUGACUCUACAGACCAGUUCUCCGACGAGCUGCCGGUGUCUUUCACCGGCACAAAGCACGAGAUCCAGCAAUCUUCGGGGCUGGAGCUACUUGUUCUUGACUCGGCCUCGGAUAUCGGGGGAACUUGGGCAAAAGAGCGUCUUUACCCAAAUUUGUUCAGCCAGAACUCAUAUGGAAUGUACGAGUUCAGUGACUUGCCGUUGUCCGAGGUCACACCGGAGGACCGGGAUGGAGUCGGACGGCAAUUUAUCGCUGGAUGGAAAAUCAAUCGCUACCUACGUCGUUGGUGCGAGAAAUGGCGUCUCAAAAAGCAUAUUCGGUUGAACUGGCGGGUGAAACACAUUCGGCGUCUUGAUAGCCGGGAGUGGGAGCUCAAUGUCGUCAUUUCUACGGACUCUGCAGAAAUGCGGCAGGUGACAGUGAUCUGUGACAAACUGAUCUUAGCGACUGGUCUCACCUCAGUCCCGAACUUGCCCAAGAUACUUUCACUGAUUGAUCCCGCUUCACAAGACCGCGUCUUGCAUGCGAAAGACGUGGGUGUGUGGGCACGCAAUUAUCUUGGCUAUCGCCCAUUCCCAGACGAAGAGACAGCUGCGGAUCAUGAAAAUGCAAACGAGAGCAAGACUUUGAAACACCACCAAGACGAAGACAUCCCUUUGAGAUCGGUUGUAAUCUACGGAGGAGCCAAGUCUGCCUUUGACCUGGUACAUUUCUUUGCUACUCUUCAUCGUAAGGAACCAUCGCUACAUUUGCAAGGGGCGCCUCUCAAUCCAGUGACAGUGCAUUGGGUGAUUCGUGAAGAUGGAAUAGGCCCCGCAUGGAUGACACCGCCCACCUCGUCUUCCGUGGAUGGCAAGAUAAUUCCCAGCGAUCAAGCGGCGAGUACCAGACUGCUUCACUAUUUGGACCCCUCCUGUGACGAUCAGCCCACGAGGUUGCGGGUUUCUCGGGGCUCCCACGGGGCUGUCCGAAAACUAUCUGUAGAGGGCUCGUGGCUCGUUCGCCUGCUCCAUGGCAAUUCACUUGGAAGGUGGUUGACCCGCCGACUUUGGCGGUCCGUGGACCGUCAUUUGGAAAAGUUCGCACAGUACGACUCGGAUCCCAAGAUGCAGCGACUUCGGCCCCGAAACAGCGUGAUCUCAUGCAUUUCCCCAAUUGGGAUCGCCAACCAGUCAGACCUUUGGGACACCAUCAGAUCGCCUCACGUGAAAGUGUAUCGAGCGUCAAUUGAAGCGGUCGACGCAAUGCCCGAAGGGCGCGGCACAAAACACGAGACCCUCCAAGUUUUCUUGAACAGGAAUCGACGUCUCAAUAAUAUUGAUCUCGUGGUUCAUGCGACUGGGUAUAAACCUAUUGUCCCAAUUGUUUUUCAACCGCUCAGCCUUCGCCUGGAUCUAGGCUUGUCUGCGUUUUCGAAACACCGAGAAGGUUUGCUGGAACAGGAUGAGGAUUCUCACGUCGAAGACGAUAGAGAGACGUGGGUCCAUGGGUUGAAGUGGUUGAACAUAGAUGGGCUCACCGCGAAUGUGGUGAGACAACGGCUCUCGGAAAGGGGCCGUCUCUCAACAAACCGUGCUUGGCCAAUAUCAACCGCGCAACCCCAACUCUUUUCACAUCGGCUAUUCCGUCGGAUGAUAUCCCCACAGUUGGUCGAAGAAGGGGAUCGUUCCUUUGCUGUCAUGGGUGUCCUCUACACUUCCACCAUUGCCGUGGUGGCUGAAGUCCAGGCGCUGUGGGUCGCAGCAUUCUUGACAGGGGGGUUUGAUAGACCGUCCGAGGGCUGCAAGCCAUCAGAUGACACGGGCCUUCGACUCAAUACUUUAUCACGAGAUCGCAUGGAUCACAUCAUAUCUGAAGACGUGGUUCUUGCAAAACUGACAGGUAACGGGCUAGAGGUUGAUGCGAUUCAUUACAAUGAUAUGCUCAUGCGAGACCUUGGACUGAAUCCACAUCGCUUAGGAGGAGGCCGCUGGAGAGAGCUCACUGGAGUGUAUGAACCUUCUGUAUAUGCCGGCAUCGUCGACGAGUGGAGGAAAAAACAGAACGAUGUGUGA